GUGUCGUCAACGACGACUGAAAUCGUGGCCGAAUCUAUUUCUUUCGCGAAACUCUCGCAUGAUAAGCGUACCGGCAGGAGUGAAUAGCGAAGAAAGAUAAAGAAGUUAAGUCACGGCGAAGAGUCGUUCGUGCCGACGAGAUUUUUUGUCGGUCUUUAAAAAGGCCCGUAACCGUUGCGAAAAUUCUGUGUGCGAGCCGGAUUGUUGCUCAGCUUAUUGACAGUGAAAAAUAUUGUUAUUGCUCAAACACAAAAGUGCUCGGCUAACGUACCUUAUUUGCUCGGUUUACGGAAAUUCGAAAGAUACACUAUUUUCAGUUGGCGGGCGGCGAUUGCUUUCGCUCGAAAGAAAAUCGACUUUACUCAGAAGUACCUCAAGUGUCAAGCAAGAAUUUAUCCCAUACACGGAACUGUAUUCACCCUCGUUUUUUUACCUUUUUACCAGACCGUUGUACUUGCACUGCUUGCCGUAAAAACAGAGAAAUCGUCUUAGCGAGAGACAAUAAAUUUAUUUGAAAAACCAUGAAGUUACCCAAGAUAUUCAUGCCCCUGUCGCGUCGUGACGAGAGGAGAGCGAGCGUGACGAGCAAAGUGCCGAAGGAAAUCGAGAGCGAGAGUUAUGCCGUUUCCGAAGAGCUUGGCAGCCAGUGGUUACAGUUCGCCGCUGCCAUAAGUGCCUGCCUGGCUGUGGUGGCGUGCGGUGAACAUUUGAGCUGGACAUCACCGGCUCUACCGUUUCUCAAGGGACCAGAUUCGAGAUUCACAGUGACCGCGGGUCAAGGUUCAUGGAUCGUAUCGUUGUACACCCUCGGGAGUCUGUUCGGCUCAAUUUUGAGUCCGGUAUGUGUCGACAGAUUGGGUCGGAAGAUGACACUGCUGGCGUUUGCAUUACCCCAGUUGGCGGGUUGGGGUCUCAUCAUAGGAGCUCGUAGCGUCGUCAUUCUCUACGUAGCGAGGUUCGUCGCCGGAGUUGGUCACGGUGGUAUAUACAACGCGGGAGUGAUUUAUCUCGGGGAAAUUGCUGAUAAGAAUAUUCGAGGAGCGCUCGGAACGUUUCUAAAGCUGUCAACGAACCUUGGUAGUCUUUUCAUAACGACUAUCGGAGCUUAUUUGCCUUAUUGGGAGCUCAAUAUCGUUGCAAUGUCAAUACCCCUGCUGUUCGUCGUGACGUUUUCCUUCAUGCCGGACACGCCGUAUUUCCAUUUGAUUCGGGGCAAUGACACGAGGGCCGAGAAGUGCUUGAUGAAGCUGCGUCGACUCCGCAAAACGGAAACGGUCAAGGAUGAUAUGAGCUGCAUGAAGGAUGCGGUUGUCCAAGGGCAGGAGAACAAGAAGAGCUCUCUGCUCGAGCUCUUUCGAACGAGAGGCAACCGUCGAGGUCUGCUCAUCCUUCUGGGCCUGAAAGCUACCCAACAAUUUUCGGGCCACAUGGCAAUCGUUGCUUACACUCAAGAGAUCUUCAGUCACGGUGGAACAGCCAUAAGUCCGGCCGAGGCCGUCGUCGUCCUCGGCGUCGCCCAACUCAUCGCUGGAAUUACUGCCGCCGGUUUGGUAGAUCGUGUUGGGCGCCGUAUUCUUAUGCUCGUUUCCGGCUUAUCCGCUACUGUUGCACUCAUCGCCGUUGGCAUGUUUUUCCACCUCAAAUACGUCGCGAAAAAUGAUGUGUCCGCUAUAUCAUGGCUACCAGUCGCUGCCAUUAUAACUUACGAAGUCGUGACCACCCUCGGAAUUGGCACAUUACCCUACGUCCUCCUCGGCGAAUUAUUCCCAACGAAUGUCAAAGCCCCGGCUGUCGCGAGCGGCAUGAUCGUCGGUUCACUCUUCGCAUUCGUCGUCGGACUUGGCUUCGAAGGUCUCAAUUCCGUUGUUGGUAUACAAUGGACCUUCUGGAUAUUCGCUAUAUCUUGUGCCAUUGGCACGCUCUUCGUCUAUUUUAUAACACCGGAAACCAAGGGCAAGAGCCUCGAAGAGAUACAGAAACUGUUGAACCCGACUACUGUACAACCAUCCGAAGCGUGAAGAUCGAAUUAAAGAGGUAAAUAACCUUUCAAUCUUUUGAAAAGUUACAACAAAGAGCUGCGUUGCAAGUUCGACGUGCCAUACGCGAAGAUGAGAGUACGUCGGUGGAGCCUGCAUCUUCUCGUCCCAACUAUAACAAUGCGUCUCAUUACCUUGGAAUCGAUCGGAAAAUCUGUCAGCAUCGUCUAGCAAUCGGUUAUGAUGAAUUUUGUGUUAGAUUGUCUUAAAUAAGUGAUUUUCGGUGAAACGUCAAUCACCUUUAUUCAGAGGUACCUGAAUUAUAACUCAUUACGAAUUGCUCGAUAGCAACAAUCAAACCUGUGCUCAUUGGAUUCGAUUUUGAUAUUUUAAUUUCAACGAAUCGAACGUUAGAUUGUCCCAUAGAUAAAUUUGUAUUUAAUGAUAUCGGCUAUUUUGGCAUAACGAUGAAACUUCCUCUUUCUCCGGGGGAUUCGUGUUUCGAAAGCUGCUCUGAAAAGAUGCGAAGUAUCUACAAAAUGAAAUAUUCCACAAUAAAACGCAAAGCGAGUCUUCGUUCAUACGCAAGUUUGAUUAGCAACAUGCUGUUAACAUGAUGCAGUUAAAAAACAAUGGAAUAUGUUCGGCGAUGACUCGUUUAAAUAAAUUCAAACGAAUCAAGCCGCGAAAGUGGAAAUGAAAAGGAAUAAAAAUAUCGACAAAUCUCGAUAUCUGAGAUAAUCCACAAGUUGCACAAAUAUCUCGAAUAACUCUGAGAAUUUCCGGUACGACCUAACUCGGUCAAGGCUCAGACAGGGAAAUCAGUGCGUUUGUCUCUCGCUUAAAGAAGAUAUCUGUGAUAUAGUAUGUACGCUGAACAUUAUGGAUAGUCGAGUAUAUAAGUAUAAUGCUAAAUGUAUUAGCGAAGGAAUGUACGAGGUUGACUGCGAAACGGAAACGGAUCGGACGGUUCGGCCUCGUAGUGUCCGUCGUUGGAAAACUUUACCUCGCGCACUCAUCAUAAAUACGUUCGAACACGACCGAACCUUUUUUUCACUACUAUUUAUUUGUUAUUUAAUUAGAAUCCAUUCGAUGGAUUUGGAGUUUGAGAGUCAGCUGUGGAAGAGCCUGCGAUUUUGAGCGGCUCGAGUCUUCCACCGACGAACCUUUGUGCGUGCGUGAAUGAAAUUUGCUUCUGCGUGUACAUCGCUUCCUAAUUACGUUAAUGCAAUAGUCUACAGAGAUUAUAUACAUUGUAAAUGCUUUGUCGAUACAUAUUGAGAAUAAAGUGAAAACGUCAACGAUGUA